UACCAGUACUCACAUUGACCCUUCAAGAAUCCUUUACUACUAGUAGUAUCAUUUGGAUGACUCCACGCUUCGAAAACUACCUUAGGCCAACUCGAUCCUGACGCCCGGCUUUUCACAACCACGCAUAUAUAUGCAGGGGACGCGAGAUAAAAUAACUAGUCACCGCUAGGUUAGUACCUAGGUACAAGUACAUAGGGAGUAAAUAUGGACAGCAUCGUUCUCGCCAAAGUCGCCGGGCUGACCUCGUCGGGGAUAUUUGCUGGAUACACAUGGGCCCUCUCCCAUGCCGCUGUGCCGGCCAUCCUCUUCGCGCCGGAAGCCUUGGUGGCCAAUCAGUGGCGCGAGAUCUAUCUUGAUGGGUUUUAUGUCUCGAGGCCACUUUGCCUGCUCAACGCUCUGAGUUUCGGAUACUUGGCUUAUCACGCCCCAGAACCGCUCCUGACUUCUCUCUACACCCUGGCCGCGGCUUUCAACGCCUCGGGCGUGCCUUACGCACUGACAUUUCUCCGCCGCACGAAUGGCGCGCUAUCCCGACGCGCCGACCGUCUCGCGGGGCCCGGCAACGGCGCCAUGGCGCUGACCUACGCGUUCAAUGAGAAGCGGAGCGUCGAGCGAGACCGCAAAUUCGGCAGCACGGCCGAUCUGGUCCGUCGGUGGCAGUGGCAUAAUAGUGUCAGGACAGCUGUGUUGGUGGUUGGCACGUUGGUCGGGGCUGUGGCCGUGGCGAUGGACGGGCGAUGACGGAUGGCGUUUGAAUCUCGGUGAGUAGGUCGGUCGGUCGGUCGCCAGUCCCUGACCACACUUGACAUAGGGCUUCCUGGAGUGACUCUGACUCUGGGGUUGGUCUCGGUGAGGAGGGAAUCUGGGAGCUGUGCGUCGACGUGAUGUGAUGUGCCGGUCCGGUCCAUGCUGGAUGUGUGUUGUGAUGGCUACAGUUUUAAGCGUUCGAGCCAGGACAUUUUUGUUGUUUUGAUGAUACAGCCAUUACUUGGUUGAUACUGUGUAGUCACACGAGGGUAGACGUCUCGAGACUGAUUGACAGUUCCCGCGUACGUCUUCAUAGUCCCUUUCUGUCGGCUCUAACUUGACUUAUGAGCAACGUCGACAGCAAUACUCGUCCAGUAGC